GUUAAAGUAUUACUGAUUCUCUUGUUAACGAUCCAGGUUUAGGUAGUUAGGGUAGUUGUUCAUAAUUGUCUUUGACCUUCUUAGACUCCCCCCCGCAUGGCCUUCGGUAAGCCGGUAUUUAGACAUUGACAAUAAUUCCUUAAAGCUCCGAUCAUGGGUGGAUCAUCGAGCCGAACAAAAGGGUAUAAACGCAAAAUACGUCCCCGAGUGCUUAUCUUUAGCUUUAUAGCAUCGUAGAAUUACUUGUCUCUUUCUUGAAGCCGGCGGUUUCAUCUACACCUAUUUAAAGAGUAUCUUUACGUACAGAACAUGAUCCGCUUCUCUUUGUCAUCAUGCCAUCUAUCGAGCUAUCCGGUUUCUCCUCUACGAGGGAUGAACAAUUAGUUAGGUUGGCACAUCACGGUUCAACUUCAGAAACUGAAGCAGCUCCCACCACAUUACAACCAAUGCAUCACGAGACUUCCAACCGGUAUGCAAGUUGCACCUACUAUCCCCUUGCCAAUGCUCCUAGGUUCAGCUAUGAACUCUACUCGAAGUAGCAAGACUCUUAUUUCACUCGUCCUAAUUUCGAAAAUGCAUCUGAGUAUAAUAUUCAUUAUAUUUAGACCGUAAAGGCUAACUCGAAAAUAGAAAGAAGUCGAUGAUAAUAGUUGCAUCCUCGUUCACAAUGGUAUUCACUUGUUGUGGGCUCAACUUCGCCUUCGGGGUAUUUCAAGAACUUUACGACGGGAUGGCGCGGCAGCCCAAUACUCCUUUUACUGGCGCGACUCCUGCACUUAUUGACCUCAUUGGAACAAUGUCCAUUUCGGUGAUGACCAUAAUGGCGCCAUUCUCGGUAGCCUGGGCUAAGCGUUUCUCUCCUCGUUGGAUUUCGUUCAUCGGCGGCUUCAUAUUUGGGCUCUCGCUCAUUUUGGCCAGUUUCGGAACAACGCUUUGGCAUUUUGAACUCACGCAGGGUCUGCUCCUUGGUAUAGGCACUUCUAUGCCGUACAUGGUUGCCGUGACGGUGGCACCCGUUUGGUUCACAGCACGCCGGGGUCUCGCUAUGGGCAUCAUCUUAGCUGGGACUGGUAUCGGAGGUCUCGUAUGGGCGCCGGUGAUUAAGGUGCUUAUUGAUUCUGUUGGUUUCCGAAAUUCGCUUCGUGUAUCGGGGGUUGUAUCAUUCGUCUUGGUUGCCCUAUCCAGCGCCGCCAUGAGCUGGGAGCCUCAGACGCUCGCGCGCAUCGACGCUGAGAACGCCUCGCGUACUGGUCGUCUUCAAGGCAUCCUAAACGUGCCGCUGGUCGACUGGCGCGUAGCCAAGACGCGGAAGUUCGCUGCUCAGGGACUGGGUGCUAUCCUCCAAGCUGCCGCCUAUUAUACACCUGUCUUCUUCUUCGCCUCGUAUGCCGGUACCCUUGGAUACAGUGCUACUGCUGGAGCGAAUUUUAUCGCGCUUAGCAACGCAUGUAAUGCAAUCGGCAAGAUCGUCAUCGGCUACUUCGCUGACCGCCUAGGUCGUCUCAAUACUCUCUUCUUAACCACGUUCAUCAGCGCAGCUAUUACACUGAGUUUCUGGGUUCCUUCAGCCGUUUAUGGUUCCACGGACGAUUCACGCGGCCUCUUUAUCAGUUUCACCGUCUUGUAUGGUCUCUUCGCUGGCGCGUACGUCUCAUUGUUCCCUGCCAGUCUCAUCGAGAUCUUCGGCAUACAGAAUUUUGCCUCCGUCAAUGGUGUGCUUUAUAUGGUUCGUGGUCUAGCUACGUUAAUUGGUACGCCAGUUGGCGGUGCCCUGAUUCGGAGCAGUACCGAGAGUGCAGCUUUCGCACCGCAUGGCUAUGUUAAUAUGGCGGUACUCGUCGGAGUGUUGCUCUUUGCUGCUAGUAUCGCGGUGUUUUGGAUCCGCGUUGAGGCAAUGGUAGGACCUAGUGGACAAUGGCAUCCAAAAUGGAGGAUGUAAGAAGUAUAACCCCUAGGGUUAGAUGAACAUUGGUAUUGUUGAUAUCUGUCACAUGCUUUGUAGAAUGAAUUGUUAGUUAGAUGAGUACCUAAUAUUGUAAUGUCUAGUGUACUGAAUUAAAGGUAUAAUACAACUUCAAUGACUC